AUGUCCCCCCCCAGGGCUGUCAGCAUGGCAGGAGCGACACCACCAGCGGGGCCAACCGGGUCCCGGACCAGUGGUCCGGGCACGGCCGACCAGCCCUACGCCUGCCGGGAAUGCGGGAAGGCCUUCAGGUGGUCAUCCCGCCUGGCCCACCACCAACGCAGCCACACGGGCGAACGGCCCUACAAGUGCCCCGAGUGCCCCAAGGCCUUCAAGGGCUCCUCCGCCCUCCUCUACCACCAGCGGGGCCACACGGGCGAGCGACCCUACGCCUGCCCCCAGUGCGGCAAGGCCUUCAAGCGUUCCUCCCUCCUCCAGACCCACCAGCGGGUUCACACGGGGCUGCGGGCUUUCGAGUGCGCCCAGUGCGGUCUCACCUUCAAGUGGGCGUCCCACUACCAGUACCACCUCCGGCAACACACCGGCGAGCGGCCCUACCGCUGCCCCGCUUGCCCCAAGGCCUUCAAGAACUCUUCCAGCCUCCGCCGUCACCGUCACACCCACACCGGCGAGCGGCCCCACGCCUGCCCCGUCUGCGGCAAAGCCUUCGCCCAAGCCACCAACCUCCGGCAACACCAGCGGGUCCACACCGGCGAGCGGCCCUACGCCUGCUCCCAGUGUGGUAAGACCUUCACCCACUCUUCCAACCUCCUCCUCCACCGCCGCACCCACACCGGCACCCGGCCCCACGAGUGCCCGACCUGCGCCAAGGCCUUCGUCUCCGACGCCUGCUUGCAGAAACACCUCCAGAGCCACGCCGGCCACGCUGCCAUGCCGCCGCUCCUCCCGGCUCCCGCCGCACCGCCGGAGACGCUCUGGAGGUGCUCCGCCUGCCCGCUGAGCUUCACCAGCGAGGAGGAGCUGCUGGGUCACCAAGGCAGCCACUCGGUGACAGCGGUGACCCCCCCGGCUGCAUCCCACCGCUGCCCCACCUGUGGCAAGACCUUCAAGAACAGCUCGGGGUUGGCCCGGCACCGGCACGGCCACGCUGCCGAGCGGCCCUUCAAGUGCGCCGUCUGCCCCAAGACCUUCACCCAACUGGCCGGGCUGCUGGGCCACCAACGCAGCCACCCCGCUGCUGUCCCACCUCGUCCCCCCCCCGAGGAUCCUCACCCCCCAGCGGUGCCCCAGCCUGCCCCGGAGCGCCCUUACCAAUGCACUGAGUGCGGCAAAGCCUUCAAGGGCUCCUCGGGGCUGCGUUACCACAUGCGGGACCACACGGGUGAACGACCCUACGCCUGCCGCGAGUGCGGCAAGGCCUUCAAGCGUUCUUCCCUCCUCCAGAUUCACCAGCGGGUUCACACGGGGCUGCGGGCUUUCGAGUGCGCCCAGUGCGGUCUCACCUUCAAGUGGGCGUCCCACUACCAGUACCACCUCCGGCAACACACCGGCGAGCGGCCCUACCGCUGCCCCGACUGCCCCAAAGCCUUCAAGAACACCUCCUGCCUCCGCCGCCAUCGCCAGCUCCACACCGGCGAGCGGCCCCACGCCUGCCCCUUCACCCUCCUGCCCGCCGAGGGUCCCCCGUCCCGGACGGGGAAGGGUCCCCGGGCAUCGGGAUCCCCCACUGCCGGGCAGAGCAUCCUGUUGGUACCCGGCGCGGGGCAAGCGCUGCCCAGCGUCCAGCUCCAGGCGGUGGCGGGGACCCCGGCGGGGGCCAGCGUCAUCGUCCUGAGAGGUGGCGUUGGUGGUGUCCUCCCGCCGCGGGGACCGCAGGCCCCCGAGGUCACUGGCGUCCAGCUGCAGGCGGCCGAGGUGACCAACGUCCAGCUCCAAGCCCUGCCGCAGCCCUUGGAUGUCACCAACAUCCAGCUCCAAGCUGCCGAGGUGACCAACGUCCAGCUCCAAGCCCUGCCGCAGCCCUUGGAUGUCACCAACAUCCAGCUCCAAGCCGGUGACGUGACAAAUGUCCAGCUGCAAGCCCUGCCACAGCCCUCCAAGGUAGCCAACAUCCAGCUCCAUGCUCUGCCACAACCCUCGGACGUCACCAACAUCCAGCUCCAAGCUCUGCCACAACCCUCGGAUGUCACCAACAUCCAACUGCAGGCCGCAGAGGUGACAAAUGUCCAGCUGCAAGCCCUGCCACAACCCUUGGAUGUCACCAACAUCCAGCUACGAGCCCUGCCACAACCCUCUGAGGUCACCAACAUCCAGCUGCAGGCCACUGAGGUGACAAAUGUCCAGCUCCAAGCCCUGCCACAAUCCUCCAAGGUGACCAACAUCCAGCUCCAAGCCCUGCCACAACCCUUGGAUGUCACCAACAUCCAGCUGCAGGCCACUGAGGUCACAAAUGUCCAGCUCCAAGCCCUGCCACAGCCCUCUGAGAUCACCAACAUCCAGCUCCAAGCCCUGCCACAGCCCUCAGAGCUGCCCGGCAUCCAUCUCCAGGCCACGGAGGUGACAGAUGUCCAUCUCCAGGCCACGGAGGUACCCAACGUCCAGCUGCAGACUACCAAGGUACCCGACAUCCAUCUCCAAGCCACAGAGGUGUCCAAUGUCCCUCUCCAAGCCGCUGAGGUCCCCAGUGUCCCUCUCCAAACCACGGAGGUCCCCAGUGUCCAUCUCGAGGCCACAGAGGUGCCUGACAUUCAUCUCCCGGCUACGGAGUUGCCCAGCAUCCAUCUCCAAGCCACAGAGGUGCCCAACAUCCACCUACAGGCCAUGGAGGUGGCCAACAUCCAGCUGCAGACCACAGAGGUGCCCAAUGUCCAUCUUGACACCAGUGAGGUGCCCGAUGUCCAUCUCGAAACCACUGAGGUACCCGAUGUCCAUCUUGAAGCCACAGAGGUGCCCGGUGUCCAUCUCCAGACCACGAAGGUGACCAAUGUCCACCUGCAGGCCACUGAGGUGACCAACGUCCAUCACCAAACCAUGGAGGUGCCCAGUGUCCAUCUCCAGGCCGCAGAGGUGCCCAGCGUCCAUGUCCAGGAUGCAGAGGUAACCACUGUCCAGCUGCAAGCCACUGAGGUGCCCAGCAUCCAUCCCCAAACCACGGAGGUGACAAAUGUCCAUCUCCAGGCUGCAGAGGUGCCCAGUGUGUGUCACCAAACCACUGAGGUGCCCAGUGUCCAUCUCCAAGUCACAGAGGUGCCCAGCGUCCAUCUCCAGACCACGGAGAUGACCAAUGUCCAUCUCCAAGACACCGAGGUGUCCAGUGUCCAUCACCAAAUGAUGGAGGUGCCCAACAUCCAUCUCAAGAUCACGGAGGUGCCCAACAUCCAACUGAAGACAAUGGAGGUGACAAAUGUCCAUCUCCAGGCCACUGAGGUGCCCAGUGCCUGUCACCAAAUGUUGGAGGUGCCCAGCGUCCAACUCAAGACCACAGAGGGGCCUAACAUGCAUCUCAAGACCACAGAGGAGGUGCCCAACAUCCAACUCAAGACCGUGGAGGUGCCCAACGUCCAACUCAAGACCGUGGAGGUACCCAACAUCCAACUCAAGACCGUGGAGGUACCCAACGUCCAACUCAAGCCCACGGAGGUGACCAAUGUCCAUCUCCAGGCCGCAGAGGUGCCCAACGUCCAGCCGCAGCCCCCCGAGGUUCUUGUGGCGGGGGGGGGCCCGUCCCCCUCCCCGUCCCCGCAGCUGGCGGUGGUGGGGGCAGCCGGGGGGGUGCCCCCCCUACUGCUGCUACGGGGGGGG